AUGUCAAAAAGAAAAAGCGUUUAUCGUGAACAGUUUUCAACUGACUUUCCAGGGAUUAAAAACAGUAAAAAAAGGGAAAAUUAUGCCUUUUGCGAAUAUUGUUCAACUGAUGUUAGUAUUGUGAACGCAGGCGUUUCAUCUAUUAAACAACAUUUUGAAAAAGAAGUUCACAAAAACAACGUGAAAAUUAAAAAGUCUACUGUCGGAAUAUCAAAAUUUUUUCAUAGUAAUAAUUUGCCCACAUCUAGAAAAACUGCUGCAGCAGAAGGAGCAUUUGCAUAUCAUGUCGCUUUUCACUCGUUAUCGUUUAAAGCUGCAGAUUGUACAAAUCGUUUAAUUUCAACUGUUUUCGCUGAAUCGGAAACUGGUCGGAAAUUUUCAUCUGCUCAAACAAAAACGCAGACAAUCAUUUCAAGAAUAUUGGCUCCGAAAUCAAUUGAGAAUCUUUUGUCUGAAUUGGGCAGCGAGCCGUUUUCUAUUGCAACCGACUCGUCAAAUUUUAAAGAAAUCAAAACAUUCCCUAUCAUUAUUCGGUAUUUUUCGCAUGAAGGAUUGAAAGUUGAAUUGUUAAAGUUUUCAAAUUUGCCAGGAGAAACGUCAGAAUUGAUUUUCAAAUAUGUAAUGACUGUACUUGACAGAUUCAAAUUGAGCCCUAAUAAUUUGUUAUGGGGUGGCUUAAAAUCACUAGUUCUAUCAACGGAUGACAUUCCAAAGGUUCUGGAAAAUUUAUUCUCUGAUGAUUCAAAUGAAAUCUACUUCUGGUUUCUACAGAGCUCAUUGCAGCUGUUUCAGCAAACUUUGCUGAUACUUGAAAAAAAAGACCUUGUGCUUCCUGAAAUAAUAGAAUCACUGACAGGAUGCAGAAAAAUUUUUUUGAAGUGGUUCAGAAUUACUGAUUAUCCGUCUUCUUCUAAGUGGUUAAUGCUGAAAUCUGUCGAUACAAUUUCGUAUGAGGAUAUUCGAAAAUCUGCAGAGUUUCUAAUGCCAGAAAUUUCUGUGAAAGAUUCUCUGUUUGAUGAAACGAGUCUUCUAAUAUCACUGUUGAAAGAUUCAAAAAAAAGUUUCCACGAAUUGCCCAUUGAUAUAAAAUGGGCUGUUCUGUUUCAAAACGAACUGUUUUUAGAUUUGAAGAAAUUGGUAUACACAAUUUUUGCCAUUCCUAUCUCGAAUGCUGCUGUUGAGCGAAUUUUUUCAUUAUGUAAAAAACAAUGGACUGAUGAUAGAAACAGCCUAAAAAUUGAUACUGUUAAAAGUUUACUACAGGAUCUGACAUACGCAGAAACUGUUUUAGCAUGCAAGGCAAUAGUACAAAAUUAA